CAUGACAUUUAAUGAUUUCGUACACAGUGCGUUUCGUCACACACUCCUCGAUCUGUCACUUUCUAUGAGAAAACACUGCAGCGUGCUUGCGUGCUCUUGUUCAGAAAGUAAUUUUCACGUGUUUUUUGUGGUGGAAAAGUAAUUUAAAACAAUAAAAUUACUUUUAAAUAUCUGUAUUACGGGCUUUGCAACCGAAAAUGGGAAAACGUAGAAGAUUCAUUGAUAAAAAGAAUUCAGUGACCUUCCAUGUGGUUAAUCGCAGUCAGCAGGAUCCUUUAAUAGCAGAUGAGACUGCUCCACAGCAUGUUUUGAUGGAAGUAGCCCCCACACAAAAGGAAAAACAAAAAGAAGAACAAGCUAAAUAUGGAAUCUAUUUUGACGAUGACUACGACUACUUGCAACACCUGCGACCUCGAGGUCAGGUCGUCUGGGAAUGUGUUGAGGACUCUAUUAAAACGUCGCAGAAAGAUAUUGGCAAGGGUGAGAAAAGCACUAAAGAGUCUGGCUUGAAAUUGCCUAGUUCAGUGUUCGCAUCGGCUGUGGAGGAAGAUGAGGGCAUGCUCCAUAAGGCUGCUCCAGUUUUUGGUCCUCAACCUGACCUUGAUCCCGAUAUUGUGGCUGCUUUGGAUGAUGACUUUGAUUUUGAGAAUCCAGAUAAUGAGUUGGAAGAUGACUUUAUGGAUAUGGCUCUCGCUGAGGGUAGUGAAGAAGAAGAAGACGAUUAUAACGAGGAAGACAAUGAUGAUUUUGAUGAUGAUGUCUCAGAUAUCGGGGAGUUAAUGAAAAAUUUCAAGAAUCGCAGUAAUCGCUUUGACAAUACUGAGACAAAAUCCCGCUUCACAGAAUAUUCAAUUUCUAGCAGUGCUAUACGACGAAAUGAACAACUCACCCUCCUAGAUGAUCGUUUUGAAAAGUUCAUGGAGAAUUAUGAUGAGUCGGAAAUUGGAGCUCUGGAUUGUGAGGAUUUAGAGGAGGGAGACUUCAAUUACACUAACGAUAUGCUGGUUCAAUUGGCUACAAAAAGCAAAUACGACAAGUAUGAGAAGUAUGAUAAGAGUUGGGAUAAAGAGAGACUACAAAAGAUGCAGGAAGAUGAGUCUGCUGAAGAGGUUUUUGUAGAAAUUGAAGUUGAGGAUGAUGAGAAGCCUAAGAUAGAUUGUGAAAGUGUUCUCAGUGUCACUUCUGGAAGAACCUUUAAGCCUCGAUUAAUUGAAAGCGCGAGAAAAACUAAAAAAAUUGCGAUAGGAUCCUUUGGGAUUCCAAAAGAUGUUUUAGACACAGACCGGACACUUACAAUUGACAAAGUCAACAAACUUCACAGCAAGAAUCUCAAGGAAGAUUCCUCGGGUAUGUCAAUUUGUGCUGAGAGUGUUAGGUCAACUCUCAGUGUUUUGUCAAUUCGCCCAAAGGAUGAGACCAGAGAGGAAAAAAAAGAACGAAAGAAACUUAUUAAGGAAUAUCGGGCUGAGCGACGGGUUGAAAGAAAAGCUAACAUGCAGGCAUUCAAAGAGGAGAAACAACGUCAGGAUCGCAUUAAAAUGAACACCAUUACUAAGACUCUUACGUAAAAAAAGUGAUAACAGGUUUGGGCCGAUGGGUGUCUACGGCUUCAAUAGGCAACUUAAUGUGCUCUACCUUACAUCCAUAAGCGACUGGAGUUAAUUUGAUGACGGUGUGUAGAGGCACUUGUAAGUAAGGAAGUUCAUCUGCAAUUGCAAAGGUAAUUAUUCUUCGGCAUUUGAAUUGUAUACAAAUAUUAUUUACGAAAAAUCUAUGAAUUGGGAACAAUCUUAUUUAAAAAAAAAAACUUUAACUGAACCUGAUACUUAUUGAGUUAAUCAGAAAAUAUAUUUCAAUUUCAUUGAAA